CGCCUUUCUUCUUCUGGUUUGGGGUUCACGGGACGCCGGAGAAUCAAAUUCCCGGAGGAAUUUCAAACGCCAAUUUCACGAGAAAGAAAGAAAAAGGGAGAUGGGUUUGCUUUCCAACAGAAUCAAUAAGGAAAGUCUGAAGCCUGGAGAUCAUAUCUACUCAUGGAGGGCUGCUUAUGUUUAUGCACAUCACGGUAUCUAUGUUGGGGAUGAUACUGUCAUCCAUUUUACGAGGCAUGGCCAAGAAGUAGGUACAGGAACGGUGCUGGACCUCAUCUUGUUCAGUUCAGGACCAGCUCGAUCGCAUGUCCCUUGCCCUAACUGCAUUCCACCAGAAGAAGGUGGUGGUGUCCUUUCCUCUUGCUUGAAAUGCUUCCUUGCUGGGGGGAUAUUGUACCGUUUUGAGUAUGGAGUCAGCCCUGCACUUUUUCUUGCAAAAGCUCGUGGUGGGACUUGCACUCUUGCUGGCUCAGAUCUAGAUGACGUAGUUGUUCAUCGAGCAAAAUACUUGCUUGAAAAUGGAUUUGGCUGCUAUAACGUGUUCAAGAACAACUGUGAAGAUUUUGCAAUCUACUGCAAAACAGGACUGCUUGUUGUGGAUCAUGGAACCAUUGGGCAGAGUGGCCAAGCCGUAUCCAUCAUAGGUGGACCUCUUGCAGCUGUGUUAUCUACACCUCUGCGCCUUGUCACUACAAAUGUUUAUGGCAUGGCAGCUACAGCAGUUGGGGUCUAUUGUGCUAGCCGAUACGCAGCUGAUAUUGGCAUGAGAAGAGAUGUAAUGAAGGUUCCAGUUGAGGAGCUGACUAGGAGGCUGGCGACAGGCUUGUUUCAGGUGAUUGAACCCCAAACUUUAGCUACUGUGCCCACUACUACUGCACAAUAAUCACUAAAUCUUAUCGUAAUGUAUCUGAGUGCAAGGCAAUGCCUUUCAAACAUUAAGUGUGGUCCUCUGAUGUCCCUGGGGACGUUGAUUUCUGGCUAGUGAUGCGUGCUGUGUGUUGAAUUCUAAGGGAUGUUUCUCCAGCUUUCUGGAGAUAUGGAGAUGAAAUCUUUGCUUCUGCAAAGCUGUGCUAAGUUGAUCAUUUGUUCAAUUGAUAUGCUGUCUUAAAUAAUGCCAAAUUCUUAAUGAGAGAUUAAUUAUGACUUCCCUUCCAUAUUUCAUUAAGCAGUACAGGUGGAGUCGUUGGAAUCAAAAUUUUCUGCCCUU